CUUUACAGGGAACUUACGAACGUUAGCUGUUCAGGGGGACAAUCGUGAACUACUCACGGUCUUGGCACAAAAGUGUUUGAAUGGAUAUUACCAGGUGCACGGAGAAAUGGAUGGGACACAUUUGUGGGUGAAGCAUCUUCGACCUGCAGGCACUGUGGUGGAGAGGCCUCCAACAUCCUCCAUUAUGCUGUCUACUAAGAAGUCAGAUGCCGGCUCCUCCUCCUCCACUACAUCUUCCGCAGGAGCAACGGGAGGCGAUCGGGCCCCUGUUUCUGAUGCACAGACUGGUCCAUCGGCCUCAGCUGCAGGCCCCAUGGACGUAAAGAAAAAGGAAAGGUCAUCCCCAAGUGGGGAGCCUGGAGGUGCCCCAUUGCCCCAUCAAGCAGGCCCUGGUGCGGCAGAACAAGACGCAGCUGAAGUUCGCCGAACGAGUCGUCGGAAGCGAGCAAAACAGGUGGAGUACCGCGAGAUGGACGAAAGCCUGGCUAAUCUGUCUGAGGACGAAUAUUACUCUGAGGAGGAGAGGAAUGCCAAGGCGGAGAAAGAGAGGAAGCAGGUCAUCCCUCCACCACCUCCACCACCAGAGGAGGAGAAUGACAGUGAACCAGAGGAGCCGUCUGGUGUGGAAGGGGCUGCUUUCCAGAGCCGUCUUCCUCAUGACCGUAUGACGUCCCAGGAGGCCGCGUGCUUCCCCGACAUCAUCAGCGGUCCCCAGCAGACCCAGAAGGUCUUCCUCUACAUCCGCAACCGUACACUCCAACUUUGGCUGGAUAACCCUAAAAUCCAGCUAACAUUUGAGGCCACAGCACAGCAACUUGAAGCUCCAUAUAACAGUGAUACUGUGCUGGUUCACAGAAUACACAGCUACUUAGAAAGGCACGGGCUCGUUAACUUUGGCAUUUACAAGAGGGUCAAGCCCUUACCAACUAAGAAAACGGGAAAGGUCAUAGUGAUCGGUGGAGGUGUGUCUGGUCUAGCUGCAGCCCGGCAGCUGCAAAGCUUCGGCAUGGAUGUCACAGUAUUGGAGGCCAGGGACCGUGUCGGAGGCAGAGUGGCCACAUUUAGGAAGGGCAACUAUGUAGCUGAUCUUGGAGCCAUGGUGGUCACAGGGCUCGGAGGGAAUCCAAUGGCCGUGAUCAGCAAGCAGGUUAACAUGGAGCUGGCCAAGAUCAAACAGAAGUGUCCACUGUACGAAGCCAAUGGCCAGGCUGGGGAACGAUGCACAAGUGUGCCGAAAGAAAAAGACGAGAUGGUGGAGCAAGAGUUCAACCGAUUGCUGGAAGCCACCUCCUUCCUCAGCCACCAGCUGGACUUUAACUUCCUCAACAACAAGCCGGUGUCUCUGGGUCAGGCCCUGGAGGUGGUCAUUCAGCUGCAGGAGAAGCACGUAAAAGAUGAGCAGAUAGAACACUGGAAGAAGAUUGUAAAGACUCAGGAAGACCUGAGGGAUCUUCUUAAUAAGAUGGUGACCACUAAGGAACGGGUUAAGGAGCUCCAUCAGCAGUACAAAGAGGCCAGCGAAGUCAAACCCCCGAGAGAUAUCACAGCCGAGUUCCUGGUGAAGAGCAAGCACCGCGACCUCACCGCGCUCUGCAAAGAGUAUGACGACUUGGUGGAGAUGCAGGUCAAGCUGGAGGAGAAGCUGCAGGAGCUGGAGGCCAACCCACCCAGUGACGUUUAUCUGUCAUCCAGGGAUCGGCAGAUCCUGGACUGGCACUUUGCCAACUUGGAGUUUGCCAACGCUACGCCUCUCUCCACCCUUUCUCUCAAGCACUGGGAUCAGGAUGAUGACUUUGAGUUCACUGGCAGCCACCUGACGGUGAGGAAUGGGUAUUCAUGUGUCCCUGUGGCCCUGGCUGAAGGCUUGGACAUCAAACUGAACACAGCAGUGCGGCAGGUCCGGUAUACAGCUUCAGGCUGCGAGGUGAUCGCUGUCAACACCCGCUCCACCACCCAGACCUUCAUAUACAAGUGUGACGCUGUGCUGUGCACCUUGCCGCUUGGCGUGCUGAAGCAGCAGCCCCCUGCUGUGCAGUUUGUUCCCCCGCUGCCUGAGUGGAAGACCUCUGCUAUACAGAGGAUGGGCUUCGGCAACCUCAACAAGGUGGUGUUGUGCUUCGACCGCGUGUUCUGGGAUCCCAGCGUCAACCUGUUUGGUCACGUCGGCUCCACCACAGCGAGUCGCGGCGAACUCUUCCUCUUCUGGAACCUCUACAAAGCGCCGAUCCUACUAGCUCUGAUGGCCGGAGAGGCGGCGGGUAUCAUGGAGAACAUCAGCGAUGACGUGAUUGUCGGCCGCUGCCUGGCCAUCCUCAAAGGAAUAUUUGGAAGCAGCGCGGUGCCGCAGCCGAAGGAAACCGUGGUCACCCGUUGGCGCGCCGACCCCUGGGCUCGGGGCUCCUACUCGUACGUGGCAGCAGGUUCUUCGGGUAACGACUACGACCUGAUGGCACAGCCCAUCACACCGGGCCCCGCCAUCCCGGGAGCCUCACAGCCCGUCCCUCGCCUGUUCUUCUCUGGGGAGCACACGAUCAGGAAUUACCCCGCCACAGUCCACGGCGCCCUGCUCAGCGGGCUGCGCGAGGCCGGACGCAUCGCUGAUCAGUUCCUGGGGGCCAUGUACACGCUUCCCCGGCAGGCCACUCCCACAGCUGCCAGUAACCCUCAACAGGCUCAUCCCACCCCCAGCGCUUGAAAUUGCCUCACCCAGUUCCUUUCCGCUCAGGACUGUGGGACCAACUGAAGCAGUUAACGAGAAAAUAAAAGCUUACCCAUAAACUGUUGAUAUUUCUGUACGUGAAAGAUCAUGGGAGUACCGUACAACACUCUGCAUCAUUGCCUUUCCUCUAGUAAUGACACACAGGAAAUAGAUUUUCUGUCCUUUAGGUAUGGUGUGAAAUUGAGAUUAAGUGGAGCAUUACAGAUCUGUACACCCAUGCCACCCACUACAAUGACUAGGCACACGUGUAAAGAAUUGCUACAUAGUAAUGUCAUAACUCAUCUUUAGAAAUGUCAUUUUCCACAGCAUGGCAUCAUGUUUGGAGUGUAUGUGAUCUCAUUGUGAGCAUAUCUGCAAAACGUAACGUCUAUUUAUGUGCCCUUGUUUAAAUCCAGAAAGUACGCAGAACCUGGAGCCAGAUAUUUUGUAAAAGACAGAUGUCAAACUCCGUGACAGUCUCAAGGCCUCGUCUUGGUUGUCUUAAGUACUGUAGCUGUAUGCCUCUUGAGUUUACUUUAUUAUUUACAGUUGCAGAAUAGUGGAAAAACUUAAAGAUUUAAAGAAUUGUGAAUGUUUUUGUUGCCAUAGCAGUUUAUUUUAUUAUGGUUGUCACACUUUUUUUUUUUAUAUCGACAAUUUUUCUGUUAUUAAAAUAAGUCAUGAAUUG